CGGACGAGUUAGUGUGGGGACGAGUUUGCUGACGUGUUUGCCCGGCGGCGCUGCCUUUCCGCAGUCAGGCGCCACUUUGACAAUGCGUAGCUCGGUUUUCUCGGUGCUCAGCCGCUUCUCCCAGGAGUAUGCGGCCGGCACUCCUCUCCGGCUGAAACUGCUCGACUCCUACCUGCUGUACAUGGCGCUGAGCGGCGUCACCCAGUUCCUAUACUGCGCGCUGGUCGGCACCUUCCCCUUCAACUCGUUCCUGUCCGGCUUCAUCGCCUGCGUGGGCUCUUUCGUGCUGGCGGUUUGUUUGCGGAUACAGAUUAAUCCUCAGAAUAAAGGUGAUUUCAUUGGCAUUUCACCGGAACGUGCAUUCGCUGACUUCCUCUUUGCCAGUACCAUCCUUCAUUUGGUGGUGAUCAACUUCAUAGGCUGAAGCUGUGCUGCAGGAAUAAUGUAACCCCGGCAGUUUGGAGCCUGUGUUGAUACUGCGUUGGAUCAGUCUGAAUUUUGUUUACAAAAUCUGUUUCAUUCCAUAUGUAAAAAAACAAAAUUAAAGAGAGUCUUUUACAAAAUG